AGUAACCCGGCGUUGGUGUUGGUGUUGUAUACUUCCUGUCGCAACCAUACCUGUUUCCUUGUGCUGAGAUCCUGAGGUGAUGAAUCAUAGUGAAAGAUUCGUUUUCAUUGCAGAGUGGUAUGAUCCAAAUGCUUCACUAUUUCGACGUUAUGAGCUUUUAUUUUACCCAGGGGAUGGAUCUGUUGAAAUGCAUGAUGUAAAGAAUCAUCGCACCUUUUUAAAGCGGACCAAAUAUGAAGACCUUCACUUGGAAGAUUUAUUUAUAGGCAACAAAGUGAAUGUCUUUUCUCGACAACUGGUGCUACUUGACUAUGGGGAUCAAUAUACAGCUCGGCAACUGGGCAGUAGGAAAGAAAAAACAUUAGCCCUGAUUAAACCAGAUGCAGUAUCAAAAGCGGGAGAAAUAAUUGAAAUAAUAAGCAAAGCUGGAUUUACUCUAACCAAACUCAAAAUGAUGACACUUUCAAGGAAAGAAGCAACAGAUUUUCAUAUAGAUCAUCAGUCAAAGCCCUUUUUAAAUGAGCUGAUCCAGUUUAUCACCAGUGGUCCUAUAAUUGCCAUGGAGAUUUUAAGAGAUGAUGCUAUAUGUGAAUGGAAAAGACUUCUUGGACCUGCCAACUCUGGACUGGCACGUACAGAUGCUCCUGAAAGCAUUAGAGCCCUCUUUGGAACAGAUGGCAUAAGAAAUGCAGCUCAUGGCCCUGAUUCUUUUGCUUGUGCUGCCAGAGAAAUGGAGUUAUUUUUUCCUUCGAGUGGAGUUUGUGGGCCAGCAAACACUGCUAAAUUUACCAGCUGUACUACUUGUUGCAUUGUUAAGCCCCAUGCCAUCAGCGAAGGACUGCUGGGAAAGAUUCUGAUGGCUAUCCGAGAUGCAGGUUUUGAAAUUUCAGCUAUGCAGAUGUUCAACAUGGAUCGAGUUAAUGUUGAAGAGUUUUAUGAAAUUUAUAAAGGAGUCGUGUCUGAGUAUAACGAAAUGGUGACAGAAAUGUAUUCUGGCCCUUGUGUAGCAAUGGAGAUUCAACAGACUAAUCCUACAGUGACAUUUCGAGAAUUCUGUGGACCUGCUGAUCCUGAAAUUGCCCGGCAUUUACGCCCUGGAACCCUCCGAGCAAUCUUUGGUAAAACUAAGAUCCAGAAUGCUGUCCACUGCACUGAUCUACCAGAGGAUGGCCUAUUAGAGGUUCAGUAUUUCUUCAAGAUCUUGGAUAACUAGCAGCUUAGAAAGUAAAGAAGUCACAGGUUGUGGUGUUUAGACAAGAGUGAAUCACACAUGAGGAAUGUGUUCAUUCUUUUAUUGUCCAUUGUUUUAACCUGACUGAAUACAAGAUCAACAAGAGCACUGUACUCCUGGCAAUUAUGACAUAUGUUAGAACAUGGAUUUUGCACUGCAGACAACAUUUAACACCAGUCUAUGGGGUACUGCAUUGCUUUUUAUAAAGUCCAAAAUAAAGAUUUAUUUUCAAACAAG